AUGGAUGUCAAGGGCAAGACAAAAGAUAAUCCAAAGGCAAGACUGGACUUACAGGAAUAUUGUAUGCGUAAAGAGUUAUGGUUGCAGGACAAAGGGAACGGGGUCUUCAAGCCUAAGGCUAGUUAUUCAUUCACAAUGGAUCAUAAGCGAAAGAUUUGUGAAUGGGUUAAGAACUUGAAGAUGCCUGAUGGGUAUGCAUCAAAUUUGGAAAAACGUGUUGAUAUGGCGGAAGGAAAGUUACAUGGGAUGAAAAGCCAUGAUUGUCAUGUUUUCAUGGAAACUUUACUCCCCAUUGCAUUUAGUAGCUUGCCUGCCCGAAUCUGGAAGCCUAUGACAGAAAUUAGUUUGUUCUUCAAAGACUUGUGUUCCACUAUGUUGAGGGUAGACAACCUGGAUCGGAUGCAUCAGAAUAUUCCUGUAAUAACAAGUAAGUUAGAGAAAAUUCUUCCACCGGGGUUCUUCGAUGUGAUGGAACAUCUUCCAAUUCACCUUGCGGAGGAAGCUCGACUCGGAGGCCCAGUUCAUUGUCAUUGGAUGUGUCCCUUCGAGAGAACUAUUGGCAAGUCUAAAUGGGGUAUCAAGCAGAAACAUAGAGUUGAAGGAUCAAUUUGCGAAGCCUACCUUGCUAAGGAAACAGCUCAUUUCUGUUCUUACUACUUUGGGAAUGAUGUGCCAUGCUUGCGAAACAGACCCAAUCGGCAUUAUGAAGGAGGUGAGAAUGAUGCUUUAGCAAAGCCAAUAUCAAUCUUCAAUCAACCGGGUUCAGGUUCAAAAAAACGUACAAGACAAUUUAAUGAUAUGGAGUCUAAAUCUGCAUCGAUACAUGUCUUGCUAAAUUGCCCGGAAGUUCAACGAUAUUAUGACUACUUUGUGCAUCUAAAUGGCAUUGAAAAAGUGUACGACCAGUUUGGGAAGUGGUUUAACAAUUAUGUUUACAGUACAGAGUAUGGUUACCAUGACCAACUUUUAAAGGACAUAUCUUGGGGACCCGGUAUGGUCUAUUCUAUGGACAAAUAUGUGGUAAAUGGUUUUAAAUUUACUACCGAAGAACGAUCUAAGCAUACGAAAACUAACAACAGCGGGGUUUGGGUUAAAGGUGGCGAUGGAAACCAAGCCGGGGUCGAUUAUUAUGGUGUAAUUAAGGAGAUCCUAGAACUGGAAUAUUCUGGUGGUGGCAAAAAAAGAAUUGUACUUUUUCGGUGCAAGUGGUUUGAUCUAACCCCAAAUAGAGGUACAAGGGUACUCAAGCAGUAUAACAUCAUAGAAGUAAAUCACACGAGGGAGUAUGCGGCUUAUGAUCCUUUCAUUAUUGCACAAAAUGUUAGACAAGUGUACUAUGCUCCUUAUCCCUUGCGUCCAGAUAAGUUUGCUUGGUGGGUGGUAAUUAAAGUCAAGCCGGUGGGUCGAGUGGAAGUGGAGAAUGUGUUGCCUGUUGCGUUCCAGGACGACGACAUAUCAGUUGUUCACCAAGCAGUUGACAAUGAGUUAGAAGAUGAUUUAGAGCAUGCAGAACACAUAUUGGAAGAAAUAAAUGCAGAAGAUAUUAAUGCAGAGGUGAACGAAUGUAAUAAUGAAAAUGAAACAACUGAUGAGGAAGAAUGGUCAGAAGAGGGAGAUGGGAAUGGGGAUGAGGACUAAUAGCAAUUAAAUCAAUUUCAACAUUCAAAGGCGGAGUUUCUUCGUACUCAGCCACCCAACACACAAUUGGCAGAAGAACAAAUGGAGGAAAGGUGGCUUGAGAUUGUUGGUGGCCCCACUAGGUUUGGCACAGCUUACGGAAUGCCACAUCGUGCAUUUCGUCAAUACCGGUCGGCCCUGGAAGGCCUACAUUCUUCCAAUACCGAGUCGUUUGAUAGAGUGAGGGCCAUGGCCAUAGAGCAAAAGAUUGCCGAGCUAUCUAGCCAACUACAGGCCUCAGAGGAAAGGGAGAGGCGAAGGGAUAUGCAGUUUGACGGUAUGAGGGCCCAAUUAGACGCAUUACUUGCUUCGAGGGGGAUUCCCUCAUGUGCUGAUGAUGCUCGUAACCCCCAUACUCAAUCUAGUGGUGUGGAUGAUGAUGGGACUCACGUGGCAAACACACAAAGGCGUGCUUGAAUGUUAAUGUUGUGGUGGAUUUGUGGAUUGUGUAAGUAUUUUGUGGAUGUUUGCGA